GAGAUGUCCAGCUUCAGGUUCCCGCAUGGUGCCGCCACGCGAUUCGACUCAAUUGGUGGGAUUUCCCGCCUUCGCACUUGGACACGUGUUCGAGUCACAAGGUCCAAAACGGAACAGGGUGCCAGUUGUGUGGUUGCCUCGCCUGCGCAAGCAGCCAUUUUUGGGUCAAGACCGCAGCUGGAAAUCGCCACUCUUUAUCGCAGCACCCGCCUGCUUAACAUGGUUCACAUGGCCAACGCCGUGAAAAUUAUGGUGCUGCUUGCAGCGCCUUGGCUCUCAGCGGCCGACAUGUACUUGAACAGCCCCCGCGGAUCCAACAACAAGCUCCGCGAGCAGAGCAACAACGUGCAGAAUGCCAAUCGGCUCUUCGACUCCCAGAACAACGCGGCGGCGGGUUAUCAAAUUGGGGACGACUGCAAGCCGGCGUGUAAGGAUGGGGACAACAACUACGACGUCACCGUGGAAGGGGCUACCAAGGGAACCAUGAAGUUCUACCAGGGCUCGGAGCUCUACGUGGAGUGGACCCAUCAGCAUGGCUGUGGGGUUGGGCAUCCGAACCUGCGGUGCCAGAUCAUCCUGCAGUACAUGUCGGAGGAGGACAACCCCAGCCUCCGCGACGGCACCGGUCAAACCUCCGCAGGUGGCGAUGGCAACGACCCCACUGAGGCGGAGACGGCAGAGUUGGUGCGGGGCUACCACGAGCCAUUCGACUACUACCAGUCCUGCAUGGCGCGGGAGCGGAACCAGGGCCUCUACACUGCGGACCAGGCCCUGGAGGCCAACGGCGGUGCCUCCUCCACGCGGCAAAACCCCAACGGCAACGGCCGGCGCCGUGGAGCGCAGCGCCAUGGCCUCGAGUGCCCCGAGGAGCGGGACUACUACCCGUAUUGGCACCCCACCCCCUGGCACGACAUCGCCAUUCUCACGGACGAGCCCUACGAGCGCUGCGACUACUACCGCGCCGAGUCCCAGAACGUUGUGGCCAAAGGCUACUGCUCGCAGCCAGAGUUUAACAACCCGGACUCCUGCGCAGGCAACGGCGGUACCUGGAAGGAGCAGAGCCCUUUUGAGGAGCCGCCUCCCGAGUGCACCGGGAGCAUUGGCAGCCGGGACAACCACAACGGCAACGUCCGCAACGGCCAUCCGCAUUACUACGUUUGGAAGAUCCCGGAGUACCUCACGGGAAGGGUGGUGUUGCGGAUCAGGUACAACAUCACCACGGGGGACUUCAACUACGGAUCUUUGGCCAACCCCAAGGAAGUUGGCGCAGAGCUCACCGGAUCCAAGGCGGACCCCUUCUUCAUGGACCGGAAGUUCAACGACCCCAACCCCGGGACCCGGCGGCGGAGCACCUUCGCCGGGCGCCCGGCGGUGCCUGUGCCGCUGGCCCAGGACCCGGUGGCCGACUGGCUGAAGCUGGGGGAUACCAAUCAGGACACCUCGCGGCUGCUGCAGCUUCAGGUGAACACCAACCAGUUUGGGCGCACCUUCGAAGACCGCACCCACUCCUUUCUGGUGCUGGAGCGCCCUGCCAACGUGCCCCAGGCCCAGCGCAUCGUGAACUUCAAUGUGCGCGGCCGGCGUGGCAACAUCGUGCAGGUGUACCCUGCUGUGGAAUACGACUUCGUCCCGCAGGACCUCAAGGUGGAGCAGGGCACUUUGCUCCACUUCCAGUGGACGGGCUCCGACGCCAACAACAAUAACAACGCGGGGAACGGCCGUGCUGGGACUGACCGCUCCAACCUCGUGCAGGUGCAGUCCAGGUCGGAGACAGUGCCACUACCCUUGAGCAAGCACACCCUGCUCUUCAACGCCCUGGCGAACCCCGAUGACCCCGAGGGCCGGCGCCUGGCGGACAAGUUCGCGUACCUGGACCAAGACUCGAUCGUGACCUGUGACCCGGACACCAACAACCAGAACUCGGAGACCAACUGCAAGCAGCUGAACGGCGCCUCCGCCUACUUCGACGGCGGCCUGGUGGAGAUGAAGACGGUGGGCACCCAUCACAUCGCAUCCACCAGGAACAACGACUUCUCCAACCGGUCCCACAAGGCCCAGAUCACCGUGACCCGAUUCUCUUUGGAGAUCUACGAGAACAUCGCUGUCGGCGUGGGCGGCUUCUGCUUUUUGGUGCUCUUCAUCUACGUCUGCUGCGCGAUCCACGCGUGCCGGAGGCCUGGCAGUUGGCUCUUCAGCCGCCGGUACCGGCCGCGGCUGCUGCACUGGGUGCUGCGGAAGGCGACCAUGGAGCGGCUACUUGAAGAGCGACGUCAGCUGGUGGCCAAGCAGAGGAAGGAGUGGGCCAAGAAGGCCAACGCCCACGCCGCGGACGAGGAGGGCGCCGACGUGGGCGCGGCAGAGGUGGCAUUGCCCGAGGAGCAGGUGACCUGGUUCCAGGGCUUGACGCGCUGCUUCCGGAAGUGCGGCUUCGGGGAGCAACAGCUCACCACCUUCAUGUUUGGGGUGCUGAACGUCUUGGUCUUUGCCAUUGGGUUUUUGUCCAACUUGAGCGGCGGCUUCCAGAAGAGCUGGGCCUUCCCCAUCGCCAAGGGCGGCGGCUACUCCAUGGACCUCAACUUUGCGCUGCUGAUUCUGCCUACAUUGAAGAGCCUGCAGACCACCAUGAGGCGGGUGAGUUCCUCUCGGGAGUGGGUGCCCAUCGAUGACCCUAUCAACUUCCACAUCGUCAUCGCCAGCUUUACGAUGCUCGGGGCCUUCGUCCACAUCGCGGGGCACUGUGUGCACAUGUACCUCAUCCGCACUGCGCCUUUGAUCCAGCUGGACCCUCUGCAGCUCUGGGAUCUCACGCCCCAGGAGAAGAUGAGCGGCAUGACUUUGUGGCAGCAGGUGCUCAACAUUCAGAUCCGUUGUGCUGGUCUCACGGGCAUCAUCCUCACUUUCAUGAUGGUGGCGAUUUUGCUGACCGCUGUCAGCUGCUCCCGGCGGGGCACAAACUGCCUCACGCGGCGCUUCUUCGGGUUUAACCUCUUCUGGCGGAUCCACAUGUCUUGGAAGUGGAUCUACGUCCUGCUGCUUCUGCACGCCCCGGCCCGGCUGUGGAUUUGGUUCUUCUUCCCCUUCAUCUUCGUGGUGGUGGACAGAAUGCUGCUGGCCAACAACCAGGCGCUGAACCUGAGCCUGAAGAGCGUGAAGCUGUUGCCCCGCGACGUCAUCGGCUUGACUUUCGAGCUGCCGCAAGGCUUCGCCUACCAGGCCGGGCAGUACAUCUUGCUGGGCUGGAAGGGCGAGUGGCAUCCCUUCACCCUCACCUCGGCGCCGGAGGAGAACUGCAUCAGCGUGCACAUCCGGGCGCCCAACACCUUGGACUGGUGCUCUGCGCUGCGGAAGCGCCUCACCGAGACGGCUCCAGGCCAGGCGGCGGGGCUGAAGGAGACGAAGCCGCCCAAGGCGCCGCGGGUCUUCGAGUACAGCAAGCACACGCUGCCCAACAGCCACAUCGUGUACAAUGUGCCCAAGGUGAGUCGUGCAGAGGCAGAGGGUGAGACAAGGGCCGACCCAAGGCUCCUAGGGCGCAACGCCUCGGGCAAGGUGCUGGAGCCGGCGCGGAGCGGGAUGACGAUGAUCAGCCGCCCGGCGCCGGGGAUGCUGCCGGAGGAGGCGGUGGUGCUGCAGGUGACGGGGCCCUUCGGCGCUCCCGCGCAGAAGGUCUGGGGCUUCGACACCUUGAUGGUGGUGGGCGCCGGCAUCGGCGUCACACCCUUCGCCUCCAUCCUGCGCUCCGUGCAGCUCCGCGCGCGCCAGCGCGAGACCAUCAUGAGCGCGGCCACGAAGCCUUCGGCGUGGCGGAACAUGGUGACGAACGAGGCGGAGGACAGCCGGGCCUCCUUGCAGAAGCUGGUGGAGGACCUGGUGGUGAUCCCCAAGAAGAUCUACUUCUACUGGAUCUGCCGGGGGCAAGAGGAGUUCGACUGGUUCUGCGACCUGCUGGCGGAUGCCGCUGAGGGCCCGCACGCUGGCAUCGUGGACAUCACCUUGUUCCUCACCGGCGAGAUUGAGUUGUCCCAGGUGAAGAAGCUGCCCUGCGCCUCGGGCCAGUUCUUUGGGCGACCCAACUGGGGCCGGAUCUUCAAGCAGAACCGAGAGAAGCAUCAGGGCGAGCAUGUUGGCGUCUUCCUGUGCGGGUCCCCCAUCAUCGGAGAAGAGCUGAGCCGGCAGAGCGUGAAGCACUCGGAUCUGGUGGGCACGCCACACGCCACAAGGUUCUCAUUCUUCAAGGAGCACUUCUGAGGCUGUCGGAGGAAAAGCAGGGGCCUCGACGUCAGCAUCGCCCCUUUCGGGGUGGCCCAACCGGCGAGCCUUGCGUUCAAUCUGAGGUGGCGAAUUCCCUCUCGAUGAACGGAGAGUCAGAUCUUCGGCUGAUUUCUGAGCCGAGGAUCUGGUUUGCGGUCCCUUAGAGGGGCUUGUGGCUUCCAGAGCUUCCGUUAAUUGGGUAACCAGGGACAUCUGAACAGCUCACCGAAAGUUUCAACCGGUUACCUGCAAGAAUGGAUUGCCUGGGAGCUAUUGGCUGCAGUCCUCGUUUUUUGGGUGCGGUGGGUGGUGCACUGGCUUUCGAAUGUCUGGCCCCUGCGCGGCUUCAGCGAAUGCUGAAGAACCGUACGGCAGUCGCCGGGUUUCUUAGCUCAUUCCCAGGCCUUGCUCACCAGUCGAGGUCUGGCGAGCUUCUUAUAUCGAUUGCCACAACCGAGACCACACGAGUCUGGUUGGUGCUUUCCAGCACGCCUCCCAUCGCGCCCGCCUUUUCCUCUCCCCCUCCCUCCCCCCCCCCUUACCGGGUGCCUUUAGACACUGAGAGGCGAUUUGGCAGUGAUUUUCUUUGAAUGCUUUAAGACUGCUCAAAUCAUGUCGAAGGACGCUGCCAAAGAGGCAGAUCGACGUGUCCGCCACUUCAUCCUGAGAGCAUGCCUUGGAGCCUGCAAAUGA